GGAGGUGAUGAAGGAGGACGGCUUCCAGCCCGAGGCCGCUGCCGAGGCUCCCCGGGCCCUGCCCCGUUUGGUCCCGCGCGGUUCCGCCCCCGGCGCCGCCCGGGAGCCGCCGCUGGCCCGGAGCCUCCGCGGGCUCUCGCUGGGGCCCCGCGAGCGGCUGGAGAAGCUGGAAAAGAUGGAAAAGAUGGAAAAGAUGGAAAAGAUGGAGAAGAUGGAGAAGUUUGAGAAGCUGGAAAGGGCGGGGAGGCCGCGCUUGGUGAUCACGGAGCAGCCGAAGCAGCGCGGGAUGAGAUUCCGGUACGAGUGCGAGGGGAGAUCGGCCGGGAGCAUCCUCGGGGAAAACAGCACCGAGAGCAACCGCACCCUGCCCAGCAUCGAGCUGCUGAACUGCCAGGGCAUCCCGGAGGUGGCGGUCACGGCGUGCCUGGUGUGGAAGGAUUGGCCCCACCGGGUGCACCCGCACGGCCUCGUGGGCAAGGACUGCGCCCAGGGGCUCUGCCGGGUGCUGCUGCGGCCCCACAGCAACCCCCGCCACAGUUUCAGCAAUCUGGGCAUUCAGUGUGUGAAGAAGAAGGAAAUCGAGGCCGCCAUCGAGAAGAAGCUGCAGCUCGGGAUCGACCCCUUCAAAGCGGGCUCCCUGCGGAACCAUCAGGAGGUCGAUCUCAACGUGGUCCGGAUUUGCUUCCAGGCCUCGUUCCGGGACCGCGCCGGGAUCCCCCGCAGCCUCAGCCCGGUGCUGUCCCAGCCCAUCUUCGACAAGAAAUCCACGAACACCUCGGAGCUGCGGAUCUGCCGCAUGAACAAAGAGAGCGGCCCCUGCACGGGCGGGGAGGAGCUGUACCUGCUGUGCGACAAGGUGCAGAAAGAGGACAUCGCGGUGAUUUUCCGCAAGGAGCCCUGGGAGGCUCGGGCCGAUUUCUCGCAGGCCGACGUUCACCGGCAGGUGGCGAUCGUGCUGCGCACGCCGCCCUACGCGCACCUGGAGCUGCGGGAGCCCGUGCAGGUGGAGGUGUUCCUGCAGCGCCUCACCGACAGCGUCAGGAGCGAGGGAUUCCGGUUCACCUACCUGCCCCGGGACACCGACGCGUACCGGGUGCAGGUGAAGCGCAAGCGGGGAAUGCCCGACCUGCUGGAGGAGCUCUCGGGGACAGACCCAUUUGGGAUCGAGGCCAAGAGGAGGAAGAAGCCCCCGGGGUACCUGGAGCACUUCAUCCCCCUGGGCCCCACAGACGCCGCCUUUCCCCCGGAUCCGGAGCCUCUGGAGCCGCUCCCGGCCCUGCUGGGUCCCUUCGCGCCGCCGGCGCUGGCGCCGUUCGUGGAAUUCCCGGAAUUCCCGGAAUUCCCGAUGUUCCCGGCGCCCCCGGAGCUGCUGGCAGAGCCGCCCCCCCCCGCCGGGGACCCCCCCCCCCAUUUCCAGCCUCUUGGGGACCCACCUGUUCCCGGGGGAGGGCUGAGCGGGCCCCCAAAAUUCCCCAAAAUCCCCGGGAAAAUCAUCCCAGAAAUUCCCCAAAAUCCCCUCGAAAUUCUCCCAGAAAUUCCCAAAAGCCCCUCGAAAUUCUCCCAAAAAUUCCCCAAAAUCCCCUCAAAAGUCUCCCCAAAACCCCCUCGAAAUACUCCCAAAAUUCCCCAAAAUCUCCUCGAAAUUCUCCCAAAAAUUCCCUCGAAAUUCUCCCAAAAAUUCCCCAAAAAUCCCCUCGAAAUUCUCCCCAAAAGCCCCCCGAAAUUCUCCCCAAAAUUCCCAAAAAUCCCCAUCGAAAUACUCCCAAAAUUUCCCCAAAAUCUCCUCGAAAUUCUCUCAAAAUUCUCCCAAAAAUCCCCUCGAAAUUCUCCCAAAAAUUCCCCAAAAUCCCCUCAAAAGUCUCCCAAAAAUCCCCGUGGAAAUUCUCCCAAAAAUUCCCCAAAACCCCCUCGAAAUACUCCCAAAAUUCCCCAAAAUCCCCUCGAAAUUCUCCCAAAAAUUCCCCAAAAAUCCCCUCGAAAUUCUCCCAAAAAUUCCCCAAAACCCCCUCGAAAUACUCCCAGAAAUUCCCCAAAAUCCCCUCGAAAUACUCCCAAAAUUCCCAAAAAUCCCCUCGAAAUUCUCCCAAAAAUCCCCUCGAAAUUCUCCCAAAAUCCCCUCGAAAUCCCUUCAAAAAUUUUCCCCAAAUCCCCUUCAAAAUUCCCAAAAAUUCCCGCCUCAAAAUCCCUUCAAAAUUCCCCUCAGAAUUCCCAAAAACCUCCCUCAAAAUCCUCUCAAAAUUCCCAAAUAUUCCAAAAAUCCCCCUCAAAAUCACCUUCAAAUUCCCAAAAUCCCCUCGAAAUUCCAAAAAUACCCAAAAAUUCCCUCAAAAUCCCCGGAAUUCCCAAAAUUUCCCCGGAGGAUUUCAGGGAUUUUCUCCCCAUCCCAGAAACUGGGGCCAGGCCUGGCUGGACCCCCUCAGGAUUUUAGGAAAUUCCCAAAUUUUUUCCCCUUUUUUGUUUUGGUUUUUUCACUAUAUUUAUAGGGGGAACCCCAGCCUGGAUUUUGGAGGAAAUUUUGGGGAAUAAUUCCUGGGAUUUUGGGUAAAAUUCCCAGAUUUUUGGGCAGAAUUCCUGGGAUUUUGUCUGGGAUUUUGGGGGAAAAUUCACGGAC